AUGGUUCGACCUCCCAUCGAUCGAUCCCACCUCUCGGUCCCACCUCGCAAGAAAGAAAGAAAAACAUCGUACGAUCCACCUCCCACGUCUCCCCUCUCCUUCCUUCCCCUGACACAAUCGCAGCAUCGGCGGCUGCGGCGGAACCUCGCGGCGAUCACUGGACUCACCCCGGCAGGUACCGUGCUCUCCUGCCUCCCCUCCUGCAUCCACGUGCUCGCGAGAGCCAAAGCAAUUAGGAGGUACAACCCCCAGUACCGGAGCCCCCCAAGGAGGGGAUAUGGUGGAGGAGGUAGAAGUCCCCCAAGGAGGGGAUAUGGAGGACGGAGGGAGCAGGGUUCAGGAAGCCUCUUGGUCCGCAACAUCCCAUUAAGCUGCAGGCCGGAGGAUCUUAGAGUUCCUUUUGAAAGGUUUGGUCCUGUUCGGGAUGUGUACCUGCCAAAGGAUUAUUACACCAGGGAGCCCCAAGGGUUUGCAUUUGUGGAGUUUGUUGACCCUUAUGAUGCAUUUGAUGCACAAUAUCACUUGAACCGCACAUUAUUUUUUGACCGAGAGAUAACUGUUGUUGUUGCUGCCGAGUCACGGAAAAGGCCAGAUGAUAUGCGUAAUAGAGCGGGAGUCAGGGGGUAUUCUGGUGAACCUGAAAGGCGUAAUUCUCGUUAUGGGAGGUCCCGAUCCCGUUCACGCUCCUACUCUCCUCGCUAUCGUGGCCGUCCUCGGUCAAGGUCAAGGUCAUACUCUCCUGCUCCAAGACGGCGAGAUGAUUACUCUGCUUCCCCACCAAGAUCACAUCACACACAGUCUCCUAGGCGUCUGCCAAAGGGACAUGAAGAAGACGAGCGGAGAUCCUAUUUUCCUGCUGGUAGAGGUGGCGGCGAGCGUGAUGCUGAUACUAAUGGAAAGUAA